AAAGGCAAGCAGCGGCACACAUCGCUGGCGUUGUCUCCCCUGCGAAGUCAGCUGAACUGCCAGUCAUGAUCCUUCCCCGUCCUUUGAUCGUGGUUUUGGCCUUAAUGGCAAUGGUUUACUCGGCGAAGGCCGGUGGAGGCGGAUACGGGAGCCGAGGAGGCGGUGGAGGAGGUGGCUUUGGUAAUUCCGGAGGGUUUAGCGGCGUCGGAGGAGGGUUUUCUGGACACGGUGGAGUUGGAGGAUUUAGCGGAGGUGCUGGAGGACUAGGUGGAGGAGCCCAAGGAUUUGGCGGAGGAAGCGGCGGGUAUGGCGGCGGUGGAGGUGGAGGCAGCGUCGUCCGCGCGCGCUUGGUCGGCGUGGGCGUUCGUUACUCAAAAGUAGAAAAGGAUAAGACUUACACAUAA